ACAUGCUGUAACGGCCCCAUAACAAAAUCCUCCAUUGGGAAGAGAGAAAUGGAUAAUAAGGUAUGGUCAUGUUAUCCUCUCCAACCCUAUAUACAUGAAAUCCAACUACAUGCAAUGAAAGCUGCAAAAAUACAAGUGGACUAUCCUGGCUUUGAAAAACACAGUGGUAGAGAAAUGGCAACGGUCUUUGCGAGAGGAGCACAGACCAUGAACACCAUGUUUUUCAAGCCGGUGGGGCGAAAAGCUUUCCAUAAGAAAAGCACUUCCGCGGAUAUGAUAAGAGAAACCAGGAAGUUUGAAGGUGAUGAAAUGAAGAACAAGAGCCAUAUGGGUAUGGGAUCAGAAAAUGAUGGCAAUAUUUCCUGGGUUCCCCAUGAGAGGACUGGGAUUUAUUACCCCAAAGGCCAAGAGAAAGUGAUGGACGAAAUUUCUCCAGCAGCUGGCAGGGAUAUGGGUGUCAAUUGGUUCACUUAACUAAUUUCCUUUAACCCAGAUUAUUGAAUACAUAAUAUCUAUAUAAAUAAAAUGCAAAUGCAUGCCACAUCCUUGAUCAAGAGAAAUUUGUUCAACUUCGCAUCAUAAAUCUAACUCGGCAUAUAUGAUCUAUAUGGAAAAAAUCGGUAGGAGUUUCACACUUGGAAGUCAGAAUUAUGAUAUCUCAUU